GCCUCAUUAGUCCUUUUAUGGAUGGAAUGCUUUCAACGGAAUAGCUGCUCGUUUCUGGGGAAAGAGGAACACAGCACAGAGAACGUAAGGAUGAAGAAACCCAGGUUCUUGAUUGCAGUUUUGACCUUGCUAUAUUUGGUGGUGCAAGGAAUCCCGUUCGAGAAGCCCCAAUACGAAAUAGUACGCGCUGAAUCAGAAUUCGAGGUCAGAUUAUACGCUCAAUCCACAUGGAUGGCUGCUUCGGUCACUGAAAUCUCUUUCGAAAAGGCAACCUUGGAUGGCUUUCACAGGUUGUUCCAGUUCAUUCAAGGUGCCAAUCUAAAUUGGACUAGGAUUCCAAUGACAGUUCCUGUUGUGACUGGUAUAGUCCUAGGAGCUGGGCCGUUUCAGUCGUCAGCCUACUCUGUUCUAUUUUACUUGCCUGCUGAAUUCCAAGAUGACCCCCCGGUCCCUAUUCCUGAACUGCACCUGAAACCCUUUGCUUGGGACAGUCAUUGUGUUGCUGUGAGAAAAUUCUCAGGAUUUGCAAAUGAUGAUAACAUUGUCCCAGAAGCUAAAAAACUUGCUGACAGUUUGAGCAGGUCUCCAUGGACCAACACAACUUCUGCAGAAAGUAAAUUUGCCUACUCCAUUGCUCAGUAUGAUUCUCCAUUCCAUUUCAUCGGGCGUGUUAAUGAAGUAUGGGCAGAUGUCAAUGCAACUGGGGGUUGUGAAUACAGUAAUAUAGCAACUUACUGAAGCCAUUGUUAAGUCACUGGGUUUGACAGUUGACUAAUGUAUUUGCGUGCCUGAAGAAGCCAGCUAAAGAUAUAUUGCCGUUAAUUAAGUUCCCUCUCUGCGUAUAUAUUGAAGUCUGUUUCUAUGUAAGACCUGAAACGUAUUACCACAUGUAUUUUAGUUCAGCACGUGUAUUAUAAUGUACUUUAAUCCUGGAAAUAAUUUUAUGCACUAUAUAGUAGUUUGAUAAUUUAAAUUAA